ACCCCACAUUUGUUUUUUCGUAGCCGCCAGCAUAUGUCUCAGAGGCCCUCCGUUCCACACUCCUCUUCCAUAGCUUGUGGCCUCCAUUCCCAUCUCCUGGUUUCCAGUGAGAUGAACCCUAACUCCAACUGGUCCUAUUGUCAUUAAUUUCCUCUAACCUCUUCUUCUUUUGCUUCAAUCCCUCUUCUCAAUUUUUCCCCCAAAUUUUCUCUCACCGGCUAACACCAUCCUCACAUCCAUUCUUUCAAUUUUGCCUCAAUAGAUCUAUUCUUUUGCUUGCUUGCCCAGAAAAUCCCAAAUGGGUGUCAAGGGUUUUGUUGAAGGAGGCAUAGCUUCCGUUGUUGCCGGGUGUUCCACUCACCCUCUCGACCUCAUCAAGGUCCGUAUGCAGCUCCAGGGCGAGAACCAUGCACCCAAACCCAAUCCGGCGGUCCACAGCCUCCGACCAGCUCUCGCCUUUCAACCUGGUUCCGUCCACCAGGUCGUGCCUCCGAUCCCACAGGCAGCGGCCGCUGCCGCUGCGGCGCCUGCUCGCGUGGGUCCCAUUACCGUUGGCGUACGCCUUAUCCAACAAGAAGGCGUAACCGCUCUUUUCUCCGGCGUCUCCGCCACCGUUCUCCGUCAGUGCCUCUACUCCACCACCCGAAUGGGUCUCUACGAGGUUCUCAGGCAGAAAUGGUCCGAUCCCAACAAGGGCACCAUGCCGUUGUCUCGCAAAAUCGGCGCCGGUCUGAUCUCUGGGGCCAUCGGUGCUGCCAUCGGAAAUCCGGCUGAUGUAGCCAUGGUUCGAAUGCAAGCCGACGGUCGGCUCCCGCCGGCUCAACGCCGGAACUACACAUCAGUUGUGGACGCAAUCACCCGAAUGGGAAAGCAAGAGGGAGUGACUAGCCUGUGGCGCGGAUCGUCGCUUACGGUGAACCGGGCGAUGCUUGUGACGGCAUCGCAACUGGCUACUUACGAUCAGGUGAAGGAGGCGAUACUGGCGAAGGGAGUUAUGCGCGAUGGGCUUGGGACCCACGUGACGGCGAGCUUCGCGGCAGGGUUUGUGGCAGCCGUAGCGUCGAAUCCGGUGGACGUGAUAAAGACAAGGGUAAUGAACAUGAAGGUGGAGCCGGGGGCACAGCCACCGUACUCCGGGGCGUUGGACUGUGCUCUGAAAACUGUUCGGGCUGAAGGUCCUAUGGCACUGUACAAAGGUUUUAUCCCAACGAUUUCGAGGCAAGGACCGUUUACUGUGGUGCUGUUUGUGACGCUUGAACAGGUUCGCAAGUUGUUGAAGGAUUUCUGAGCAAGGGAGUUGAUGAUGACGAAGAAUCUUAGAACGUUUCAAAAUUUAACUCUUUAGUUAUCCCGAAUUUAUGCCCUGUUUUACAUUUAUGCAGUAUGACAUCGUCUGUCUGAAAUGAAAAGUCAGCUCUGUAUUGGUUGUUUGAAAUUCGAAUUGAGUAAAAUCCUGUGGUGUUGUUCAAUUCUUUCAAGGCAAGAAGGUUCUUGGCUCCAGAUGCUGCUUUAAAA